ACAAUCAACAAAUUAGAGAACGAGCUGAGAACCACAAAGAGUGAAAUGGCUCGGUACCUGAAGGAAUAUCAAGAUCUGCUCAAUGUGAAAAUGGCCCUGGACAUCGAAAUUGCAGCAUAUAGGAAACUGCUGGAAGGCGAAGAGACCCGACUCAGUUUCACUAGUGUGGGAAGCAUCACCAGUGGCUACACCCAGACUGCCCCGACUUUCGGCAGAUCUGCCUACAGUGGUCUCCAGUCCAGCUCCUACCUGAUGACAACCCGUUCCUUCCCCACGUACUACUCCAGUCACGUCCAGGAAGAGCAGAUUGAAAUAGAGGAAACAAUUGAGGCUGCUAAAGUGGGAGAAGCCAAGGCAGCCCCUGCAGAAGAGGGUGAGGAGGAAGAGAAAGAGGAAGGUGAGGAAGAAGCAGGAGGUGAAGAGGCUGAAGAAGAGGAGGAAGGUGCUAAAGAAGAAUCUGAAGAAGGCAAAGAGGGUGAGGAAGAGGAAGGAGAAGAAACAGCAGCUGAAGAAGGGGAGGAGUCUCAGGAAACCGCUGAGGAAGCUGGUGAGGAGGAGAAGGAAGAGAAGGAAGCAGCAGGAAAGGAAGAGAGUGAAGUGAAGAAGAAGGCUUGAUUUUUUUAAUUUUAGGCAGUCUAGCUUUCUCAUCAGAUCAACAGAAUAAAUGAUGAUUGACUGAGCUAAAAUUGCAGUCUCACAUAUUUAAUUCAGUGACCACUGAGGUUUAAAGUUAAUGAUCUAUGAUGUUUCUCUCUGUGCAGAGUAUCAGUAUGCUUGCAGAGCACCCACUGGCUUGCUCCCUGAAUGCCGCAUGGUCUACACGUAUGAAUUCAGGGGUUGUGUCUUUCUUGGGUGAUUCGGAACCUUAAAAUUUAAAAUGGGGGGAAAAAAAUAAGUCAUGGGAAUGAAAGUUAUCUUUAAUGUGCAUUUAAAAUAAUUAUGGAAACCUUGGGUGGGUAAAAUAAUGGAGGCUUCAAUAAGUAUGUGCAAUAAAGCUAGUCAAUAAAGUUACAGAAAUGCUGACACAG